AUGGCAGCAUUCUACAACCAACCCGGCAAUGUCUUUCGCACAGGGCGACGCGAUACCUUGGCUCCACCUGCCAAUGUCGACUUUGUCGCUAUGGAUGAAGGUGUCUCCAACCCCAAAUUUGCACGGCUCUCACUAGGCAUCAUUCCGGCAACUGAAGAUGUCCUUGCAGCAACACAGAUCCCCUUGACGCUAACUGUGCAACCCUUGGCAGAAAUCAGGUCAGAGGAAACGCCCGUACCUAUGAUUGAUUGCCUUCAAGGUGGUCCGCCGCGAUGUAGCCGUUGUCGCACGUACAUGAACCCAGCUAUGCGCUUCAUCAGUGGCGGUGCUCGCUUCACUUGCAACAUUUGCGGUUUUGCAAGUGAGACGCCUGCAGAGUACUAUGCUGCAGCAGAUAACACGGGUCGGCGGCAAGACUGGCACCUUCGACCAGAACUACAAUUUGGAACGUGCGAUUUUUUGGUGGGUAAGGAGUACUGGUUCAAAGACCGUGAGCCGAAACCUGUACAUUUGUUGUUUGCUGUGGAUGUCUCUGAACAAUCCCUUGUUCGUGGUGUUCCUGCAGCAGCAGCAGAAGCGAUCCGUGCAGCCCUGUAUGAUUCAGGACGUCCCUUGCCAACCGGCGCUCGUGUGGCCAUCAUGACAUUUGACCGCGCAUGCCAUUUCUACAAUUUGGGAGAAGCGUCAGCGACCAUGCCGCAAGUAUUGCAUGUGACGGAUGUGGAGGAUGUCUUUGUGCCCUUGCAUGAAGGCUUAUUUGUGGAUCCUACUGCGAAUCAAGCAUCGAUCCAAGCGGCGUUGCAAGCCAUUGCGAUUAUCUUUGAGACUGAGCGUGUGCCUGAGCCUGCUCUUGGGGCUGUGACCAAGGCGGUGUAUAUGGCUAUGCAUGACUUUGGCGGCAAGUUGGAGUUGUUCCUCAGUGCAUUGCCGACGUGGGGCCCUGGUAAACUCAAGAUGCGUGAUCAACAAGCAGUCUACAAUACGGUCGAUGAAAAACUUCUGUACGACCCAGCCAGUGCGCAUUGGAAGAAGGUUGCCGAGGAAUUCGUUGAGAUUGGCGUGGGUGUCGACAUGUUCCUGUUUCCGGGUGCCUAUAUUGACGUUGCGACUGUUGGCACUUUGGCACAGCAAACAGGCGGUGAUACAUUCUACUACCAGAACUUCAUUGCCAAGCGCGAUGCCGUCCGCUUCACGGGUGAUUUGCUUCGUGCCAUCCAUCGAUUCCAAGGAACGAGUGUGCAGAUGAAGAUGCGCUGUAGCAAUAACCUCGACGUGGUCCAGAUGCUCGGGAAUUUCACACCCCGCGGCACAUCCGAUUUGGAGAUGGGUGUUGUGGAUGCGGAUAAAGCAGUGACGUUUGUGUUUAAGCAUGAUGGCAAGCUGGAUCCUCGCGAGCCUGUGCAUUUCCAGAGUGCUGUGCUCAUGACGACGUUGCAGGGACAACGCAUUUUGCGGAUACACAACAUCACAGCGCCUGUCACAGCACUCAUUUCAGAAUCGAUGCGGAGUUGUGAUACGGGUGCCAUGAUUGCUGCGAUUGCCAAAAUGGCCGCCAUGGAAGUCCUUAAGAAACCACUGAAGGAUAUCAAACAAUCCGUCACUGAGCUAUGCGUCAAGAUUCUGUGUGCCUAUCGCAAGCAUUGUGCGCCCAGUGUCAAUGCCGCCGAACUCAUCAUGCCGGAAUCGCUCAAGUUUCUACCGCUUUUGACGCUUGCUGUGCAGAAACAGCCUGGGCUGCGCACUGAUCAUGUCAACAGCGAUGUACGCGUGGUCAAUCACCGCUUACUGCGCAGUCUGGGCGUCAAGGAUCUCCUUGGCCUGUUAUAUCCUAGGCUUAUUGCGAUACACGCGUUGCAGCCAGAAGAGUGCUUUGCGGAUGAUCAGGGGACCUUCAUCAUGCCGCCUGCUGUGCGCACUGCUUUUGCACGAAUCGAACCAGGUGGUGCGUAUUUGCUGGAUAAUGGCCAAUACCUGCUCGUUUGGCUCAAAUCGGACGUCUCGCCACAACUCAUUACUGAUUUGUAUGGACCUGGUAAGACACUGGACACGUUGGAUGCCAAGGAUACGACCUUGCCGCAGUUGGAGGCACUGCUCAAUGCACAAGUACGCAAUCUUGUUGCCCAUCUGAAUGCGCAGUCAGGGACACGAACGCUCGUCCCGCAGUUGGCGCGACAAUCGCUGGAUGGAUCGGAGAUUCUAUUUGCACAAGGAUUGAUUGAGGAUCGUGGCGCUGAUGCCAUGAGUUAUCCUGAUUUCAUGGUGCAUGUGCAUCGUCAGGUGAAUGCAUUGAUUGCAGAACAACAGCAGCAAGCAUCCAGUUAUGCACCGAAAUGGUAUUCUGGCCAAGAACACGUUUACUAG